AUGGAACACGGCAACGGCAGUGAUCUAGACUCCGCUGGUGAUUUGUCCCGGGCCAACCUGGUCAGCUCCGUGCUCAUGGGUUUGUUCUGUGCCGUAGGAAUUCCCGGCAAUGCGGUGGUGGUUGUGGUCAUCCUACUCUGGUUCAAGAAGGACAACUUCACUGUGCAGCUGAUGCUAAACCUGGCUGCCUCCGACAUCCUGAGUCUGAUGACGCUGCCCAUGUGGAUGUACAACCAGCUAAAUGUGUGGCGCAUCGGACGGACGCUCUGCAAGUCCCUGGUCUUGCUCGCCUACUGCAGUGUGUAUUCCAGUCUACUGACCGUUACCGUGAUGAGUGUCCAUCGCUGCAUGCAGGUCUGCUACCCCACGAGGUGGGCCAAGCUGGGGAAGAGAGGAGAGACAGCUCUUCUCCUCACCAUCUGGAUUCUUGGACUUGCUUGUUCUGUUCCUCCGGUCCUCACACAGGAGGUGCUACAGAAAGGCACCAAAAAGGAAUGUGGGAGAAUAAUGUCCCAGGACAACCACAGGCUGUUCGUGACAGUUCUAGAGACGCUGCUGGCAUUUGUCAUUCCGUUCUCCAUCAUGGUCACGUCCUACUACUGCAUCCACAAGAAGGUGACACGGGGAGCGCUAUUCCGCAGCCGAAGGAUGACUCGGAUUGUGACCCGGAUUGUAGUGACUUUCUUCAUAUUCUGGACACCGUACCACAUCAUCAACUUGGUAGAAAUCGCUGGGAUUCUGCUGAAAAAGUCACAGCCGCACUCUGCAGAUAAACUGCUGCUGUUCAUAAAUUCCCUGGGUGAUGUUGCUGGGAGUUUCACAUUCAUCAACAGCUGUGUGAACCCUCUUCUUUACGCCUUUGCUUCGCGGAGCCUUCGCCAGAGUUCCAAGACAGAGCACACAAACACGCUUCCAACCUCCAGCGUGUAAACAGGCACAGUUCUGUGGACCGAAGACACUUUACUGGGUUCAAACAUUAAAAGCGCUCUUGGCUCUUCAUGUCUUUUACUUAAUUUUUAAAAACCAUUUUUCACUCUGCUACCCCUUGCUCAUUUCAUAUCGUAUAAAAAUCUAUAUUCUUAUACGCACUGCUGUUUCCAAUCUUAAAUCAAAUCAUC